AUGCAAGCAUCAAUACCAUUACUUACUUCCUACGCUCGCCCAGCGUUGAUUGUAAUAUGUGGUAUGCUGCUUUUCAAUCUGCCCACACUGAUAUACAAGUCCCAAAUGUUCUUGCGAGGAGUGGCCUACAUUCUCCUUUGCAACGACAAGUCCUGGAAGAAACCAGAUGAUCCAAGUCUGGUAGUGGGUCCAUUGCUCGAAGACUCCUCGAAGAUUGAGCGCAAGACGGUCUAUUUUGUACGCCACGGGGAGUCUACCUGGAAUGAUACAUUCAACAAAGGAAGUCAUCGGAGUUGGUUCACCUUUAUCCUUGGGUGGUAUCCUGGACUCAUUAAAGCGGUCCUAUACGAACUCUACUUGUUUCUCGCUGGAAAGCUUGAUAGUUGGUUCUACGAUGCACCAUUAUCCAACUUAGGCAUUAGGCAAGCAGAAGAUCUCUCCAAAUUUUUGAAUGAACAGCAACCACCGAAAGAGCAAUCAUCGUUCGGCGACCGAGAAAAGUUUCACUUGUCGGUCUUGACUGCCCAACCAGGAUCUCCUCCCAGCAAACUCGUAUGUUCCAACCUGCGGCGAGCCAUAUCCACAGUAGCAGCAGCCUUUCAAGAUCGGCUAUCUAGAAGGCCUCAGGAAAAGAUCCUUAUCAUUCCAGUUCUACAGGAAAUAAGUCGUAACCCGGACGCACUUUCCCUUACUCCUGCCCAUGCUCAGAUCCAUGCUUCUUGGAUGGAAAAGACUUCUACCGUUUGCGAUUUCCAGAACAUCUUCACCAACCAAGUAGACAUGAGCCUACACAGUGGCAACAAACCCAUUGGUACCAAUGGGCUGAAACGAAUGAAUCUGUUUUGUGACUUUUUGUUUUCACCUUCCGUUACGGAAGACUAUGUCAUUGUGGGAGGACAUUCUCUGUGGUUCCGAUCCUUCUUUCAAACGUUUUUGCCUUAUACUACGAUCCAUGCCUCUCAAAAGAAGAAGAUUGUCAAUGGUGGAGUGGUUGCCUUUGAAUUUGUCAAGGCGAAUACCAAGUAUGGACCAAGAUAUAUGAUUGAUCCCAAGAGUAUUGAUGUUGUGUAUGGUGGUUUUCAUUAA